AUGCACCAGUCAAUAGGCUCGACUACAAGUAUAGUUUUCAUGAUCAUUUGCACAAUCUUGUCAAAGCCAAUGUAUCUGGAUAAGAAUAUAGACACUGAAUUGAGAUUAGGAACAUCAAGCAUGAAGACCAUCACGAUACCAAAAGUGGACGAACUAGAUAGAUUGAAAUUAACACUUGCACCACCAUCAGAUCUCACAACAAAAGAUGUAGUAUCAUCAAAAGACCAUAGAUUAUCUGGCGCAUUAGGAAUCCAAAAGACCGAUACGUUCAAACAUCCACCUCAACAAAAACAAUCCUUCAGGUUCAUUCCAGAUGUUACAAUGUGGUUGAAUGACGGAAACAUACAACUCAUAAGGCCUGUAUCACAUCUACUAGGAGAUCAUCACAACGCCAUGACCUAUAACAAUUUGAUGCUCAAAGCUUUUCCAUCGGGUUUUCCAACACAUCAUCUUCAAGGUUCUGGUUCAAGAAAUCUGCAGAUUCAUCAAGUUCCAACUCAUGGGUUACCUAAAUCUUCAGGAUCGAGUUCGGCUCAAGGCUUUCCAACACGUGCCUCAUCUGCAAAGGAUAUCUCAAACUUGAUAGAAGUUCAACAUCCCACAAUUAUUGACCUUCCUUCUCAUAGAAGUCAACAUAGAGACAUGGAAAGGGCUUUAGAGAAGACGGGAGUACCAGGAAAAGAUAGCAGUGGAUAUAAAAAAUCUCGCGCAUCCAGAGCAAGAAAGGAGGUUGUAAUCAAGCCUAAUGGUGGUAAAACUUACAUGUCAGCACGUGAUACUAUGACCGAGUGGUCGGGUAUUGCAAAGGAUGAACUUUCGAAACAUGGGGGACUUGGAGGGGAAAUGACAGCAUGGUUUGACGAUUUGAGAGUGGUAUUGUUAAACAAACUUCCAGAUGAUGAAUCUUUCGGUAUAAAACCUAGUGAUAUCACAAGAGUAAUUGGACGUGCCGAAAAUAAAUUGACCAACAUCUUUUUGGGAUUUCUGAUCACAAAUCAUCCCGGUCUAGGAGGAAGGAACAAUGGGGAACUUUUGCGUGAUGGGUGGGAAUACUUGAAGAGCUACAUAACUCGAUGGCACCAUGUGAAUCUUAAAGUCCUUCUUAGCCUCAAAGAAAUCAAAGCAGAUGGUGAGGUCUGGGAAUGGACUUCAGACGAGAUCCUGGCGUACCUGAUGUGGAUGGAUGCAAAGAACGUCUUCUCAUGGAAACUCUUUUCAAGAUUCUUAAUUUAUAAGAUUAGUCUACCAAUCCAAAUCGUAUUCCGGAAUUCACUCUGCCUAGGAGUCGUCAUUGUGCGAGGACCUAGAUAUAUAAGAUAUCCAAAUGUGGACAUACCUGCAGGACACAUGAGGGAUGUUCUGCUGGAAAUUGUACAAAUUUGUGUGGAUCACACAAAGCUUUGA